AUGAUGGCAUCGCUUGACAGACACUUAAAGAACAACGGCUACACCUUGUCGAUUGUACUUGACCGAGAAUUUAGUUCGUCCAAACAGGUGUUGGAAGGCAAAGCGAAACAGCUUCGCUUGGCUGGCCGUGGUAAGCGCCCAAACAAAGCUCGACAAGUAUCAGAGGAGGAAGAAGAAAUUCUCUGGAAGAGCGGAAAACUCGGAGGUAAUAACCCAGAAUCUUUAAUUCAAACAAUGUGGUGGCUCCUUACCCAACACUUUGGUCGUCGUGGAAGGCAAGAACACCACGGAAUGAGACUGGAGGAUUUCAGAAUCAUGAACGGUGACGACGGCAUCGAAUUUGUUGAGUUUGCAGAGGGGCCUACGAAAACAAGACCUGGAGGUUUGAGUGCAAGGCCAAGACAGUUCCAGCCCAAAAUGUUUCAGACCGGGGAAGGAAAAUGUCCAGUUGCUUUAUUUCGUGAGUACAUUAGCCGUAGACCUCCCAAUCUGAGGACGAGUGGUCCAUUUUAUCUCUCGAUAAAGUAUACAACAGACGAGACGACGACGAAAUUUGGUACAAGGUACAGCCCAUGGGAGAAAAUAAAAUCAACUCCAUGA